AUGUUGACAAACUCACUCAGCAACAGCACCAUCUCCUUCUGCUUUUCGCCCGACACCAGUAUCUCGUCCUUCACAUCAUGUGGCAGUCAUCUGGCUGUUCUAGGCGAGCUAGUCCAGUGUGAGGAGGAAUACAAAGCAGCUCUCCGAGUUCCGAUAUCUCUUCAAAACGCCCUAGCGCCUCUGCUUGACAUGAAGACUACAGCUCAUCCGAUUAUCCAGCGCGACUGGUACCAAGAGGCAGAGAUUGGGCUGAUUCUCUACCUUGCCGGAACCUCCUCGGCCUCGAGCGAAGAACAGUCUGCCUCGCUCUGCCAGUAUUCUCUGGCGCUAGAGGCCUCGCUUUACGCUGAAGAAAACAGGAAACUGGCCGGCCAAACCAAGCUCUCGCCGACCUCCAUCAUCAAAUCGAUCAAAAACUGGUGGAUCUCUAGCUGA